AUGAGCGAUUGGACAUCUGAUUGGCCAGAUGAAAAAAGUUGGCAAUAUUUAUACAUGGCAAAUUAUGAACCACCUUUAUACAUUAAAGAAGGUUAUUGGAUACCAAAUUCAUUUAAAACAAUUUGUACACCCGAAGCUGAACAUAAAAGUUUUACUGAUAUGGUAUAUGAAUUCACACAGGAAGACUAUGAAAAACGAUUUGCCACAUCUUUAAGAAAUCUGUUUACGCGGACAGCAAAACAUUAUGAUGGUGGUUACUUGAAUAUCUUAUCAUUCUUUGUAAAUAUUUGCCAGUGUUUACGUAAAAAUGAUACCCAUUUAUAUUGUCCAAAUCCAUGUCGUAAACCAGAUGUUUGUGAUGUCAGUAUUAAUAGUAAUGGUUUAUGUCUUAUCCUACCGAGUAGUGAACCGCUGAAGUUGAUUCCAUCAAAUUUACGUUCUUUGCUUGGUUCUGCUUAUGCCUAUGAUUAUGAAUGUGUAUGUAUUGAUGGGUAUAUGUUUAAUCAUACAAUGAAAAAGUGUAUUCCCAUAGAAAAACAAUGUGAUUCUUCUGUUUGUUUUAAUGAUGGAAUAUGUGAAUAUAUACCUGAAGAACAACGAAUUAUUCAAGAAAUUCAAUUCAGUUGUAAAUGUCCACCAGCAUGGAAAGGACUGUCUUGUAGCGAACCGAGAAAUCCAUGUUUAGAAACUCAAGGAUUAUGCGGUCAACAUUAUUGUUAUCGUGAUCCAAGUAAUGCUAAAGUUGGUUAUCGUUGUGCUUGCCCACCUGGUUUAAAGCCGCUGAGUUCAACACAACCACAAUGUGUUAAUGUGAAUGAAUGCAUAGAGUAUCCGGAUGAAGCAUGUUUAAACGGUGGUCGGUGUAUUGAUAAAGAUCCUUCAUCAACAGCUAUUGGUAUUGGCAUGACCGAAGAAAAUUUAGGAUAUACAUGUCAAUGUCAACAUGGUUAUUCUGGUUCACGAUGUGAACGUAGAGCUCCACCAUUAGAAUGGACAACAUGGUCUGCAUGGACAACAUGUUCAGUAAAAUGUGGUCUUGGUAUACAUAAACGUUUUCGUACUUGUCCAUUACCAAAUCGUUGUAUUGGAUCGUAUAUACAAACUAGUCGAUGUCAAGGUCCAAUAGCCUAUUGUCAAGAUGAAUACGAUGAAGAAAUGCCAGAACUGACACAAUCUGGAUCAAAGAUACUGAGAAGUUGGGGUAUUGGCUGGCAUCUUGGCGAUGAUCACACGUUAAAUGAUGCCUUCUAUUGGAAUGAAGCUGAAGAAGGUUGGGACAGUUUACACUACAAACUUCUUGGUGUUUUUAUCCUCGGUGAUAUACUGGAAUGGACAUAUUCCCUACAGUUAAGUCAUAAAUGGACUAUCCAAGAAUUACUUAUAUUUCAUUCAAUUGUAUUAGCUCUAUUAUUUGUACCAUUAUGUUUAAUUAUAUUUGGUUUGGCGAAAAUGAUUCAGCGAAUUCUUUAUGAAUAUAAGACAAAACGUUCACUGGAAUGAUUGAGUGUCUA